AUGCUCAAAGAGGGAUGGACUGUCGGUGGUCUCACUCGUAAGCUCGAGGGCAAGACAGCGAUUGAAUUAUCUAAUCUCGGGGCGAAAAUCUUCCAAGGCGAUCUUGCGGACCAAUCGACAUACGAGGAUCAUCUGAAGGGCUAUUAUUCAGCCUUCGUCAAUGUGGAUUUCUGGUCCAUCUUCGCCGCUAAAGGUUACGAUGAAGAUGUGGCCAGCAAAGAAGAGACCCGUCAAGCUAAACAGGCAAUCGAGGCAUGUCAGAAGAUGGGUGUUUCCCAUGUUGUCUACUCCGCUUUGGACGACGUGCCCUCUGUACAUUGGAAGUCUAAGAGCAAAGUGUGCGAUUGGAUAAAAGCGACAUCCAUUCCUGCUACAUGUCUCUAUACGACAUUCUUCAACUCGAACUUGUUCAAUUUCAAAGAUCUCAAGCAUGAUGGAGAAGGUGGGAUGGUGGUCAACUUAACUACCCCCGACGAUGCUCGCAUCGCCGUCAUGCCCACCGAAUUCAUAGGAGUAUGGGUCAAGGCAGCGCUGGACGAUCCUCAACAGACUGAGCGUGAGGCAGUGCAGGAGUUGAGGGACAUUCUACGAGAAGAGAGGAGUAGUAUAGAUAGUUUACAGAUCGCUGAACUUCUUCAGCGAUCCUUGAUUGUUUUAGCCGAGGUUUGUCGACCGUCGUAUCAAGGAUCGCUCUUACCGACGACCCGUGCAAACCUCGGAGAAGUUCGAGAUUGUAUGCAGCCAGAGAGGAGAGUUACAAGAAGUAUGAGUAGACCAGGAGAAACAGUAGAGGAGACGGAGAGGAGGAUGUUGGAGGAAUUGAGACAAAGCUUGGGACCAUUGCCUGGUGCAAUUGAUACCCCCGAAGGAUCAACUCAAGGCGAUGAUUUCUAUCCACCCCUGCCUUUUGAACCACCUCCCCAACAAACCGGACUACCAGAACCACCAGCGGUGAGGACAGGUUCCGAAGAUUCGGGACAGACCCCACGACCAAGGGAAGGGAACACAGGAGGUAGGCUAAGUUCGGCCGGGAGCGAAGUAGUAGGAGGAACUGAGGAGGAGGUCACAACACAGAAGAUGAUGCUGGCAAUAAUGAACAUGAUGAUGGAGAUGAAUAAGGAUAUGAUAGCAGAGAGGAAGCGUCGAGAGGAGCAGGAGAAGAAGAAGGAGCAGGAGACGGUUGGGGGAAUAAUAGAGGGCGUGCAGCCUAAGGGCACGAACGGGGGAAGGGCGAUACCGACGGAUGUAGACGAACUAAAUCGUCGUUGGCCGAGACCCAGUGCUGAUGAGGUUUUAAAGCGUCGAGAGGAAGGGAAGUGUACUGGAUGUGGAGAGAGAGGGCAUUAUAACCGGGAUUGUCCUGUAAUAGCGGCGAAGGUCAAAGCAGGGAUCAUCCCCUUGCGAUCUUUUGGACAAAAUGCUGGAGGAGAAGGGAGAUUUAGCACGGGGGGGAACGCCGUCCCUCUUGGGGACAGGAAGAAGAUCAAUGCUGUCGGAAGGGAGGAAGCAUGUGUUGAAGAGCGGGGGAUGGACGAGGAGGAAAAAGAUGGGGACCCGUCGCGGUAG